CCAAUGUCCCGCAUGCAAGUUUGUGCUGGUUCGUGCAAGGCAUCGUAAGUGUUGUAAGGGAUUCAUGUACGAUAUAGGUGAAACAAGAAAGAAGAGGCUUUAUUACAAAUUGAUUUCAAAUAAGAAAUGGAAUCGAGUUUCACGCAAUGGCGUGAUUCUUCGGGUUACCGAAUCGAGGGAGAAUCUGUCAUCAUCUCUGACAGCAGCGAGGAAGAGGUUGUCGGUUGUUCAAGGGAUGGUAAUAAAGAAAUAAUCGACGAAAGCGCAGAAAUCGAUGAUGAUGAUGCAUGUAAUUUGAUCGAAGAUACAACACCGACAAAGGAUAAAUACAGUGAAGAUGAUCAUACACCUAUCGUUCGUCCAUUCAAAAAUUUAAAUAGUAAAAAAACAAGAAGAUGUAUAUUGGAUUCUGACAGUGAUAAUGAACAGAUAAAUGAUCAUGAAGAUAAUGAUGAAGCAUAUCAUACGAUUAAUGACUUUAAUAAUUUUGAUUCAAGAAAAGAUUUUCAUGAUGAUUAUGAUGAAGAAUAUUACAGUGACUUCAAUUCGGAAUCAGAUUCUUCUAUUUCGCCUUCACGAAUUAAAAAUAAGGGUAAAAAAAGAAAAUAUGUUUCUCACGAUAAUACCAAAGAAGAUAUAAAAGAAUUAAAACCUAGUUCUUCUAAUGAUUCUUUUAUAAAUAUGAAUUUAAGUGACUUUGAUGAGCCACACAAACAAAAUAAUACUGAUCAUCAGGUAUCAGAUGUGAAAAAUAAAACAAUUUAUGAUGUACCUGUGACUAUUGAACUUGAUUCAGAUUCUACUUCUGGACAAAACAGCGAUUCUGAAGUUGCAAAAUCUUAUGCUAAAGAAGAAACUAGUGAUAAAAAUAUAGAUUCAUUAACAGCGCAGAAAAGAGCACUUACACUUUGCAAAUUGGAGCAACUUAAACAUGAAUCAAGCAAGAUGAAACUACUACUCAGUGAAGUAAAUAUGGAUAUAUUUCCUGAUAAAGGACAAAAACUACAAGAACGCAUACGUCAACGAGAAGACGAAAUCAAGAUGUUGACACAUGAAUUGGAAAAUACCUCUUUGGUGCCACACUCCAGUAGUCGAGACACCGAAGGUGAAGUAGCAAAAUCACACUUCACAAAAGAAUCACAAUUUUUUGAAGAUGAGCUAGACUCUGAGUACACAAAUUAUCCAUAUUUGGAUAUUGACAAUAUACCAAUGAGACCUACCACAUCUCCUGAACUAAGACAACUUGGUGAAAAAGCACAAGCGACAAGAGAUAAGGAGCUUGCUUUAACGGUUGAACGAUUACAAGAUUUGCACGGAUCGCUCGUAGCUCGCCCAUCAGAGAAGGAAAAAGCAGAAGAUCCAAAGGGGUUGAAGGUACAGUUAAUGCCGCAUCAACAGCAUGCCCUUGCAUGGCUUCUAUGGAGAGAACAGCAAAGGCCAUCCGGUGGCGUUUUAGCUGACGAUAUGGGUUUGGGCAAAACACUAACUAUGAUAGCUUUGGUUUUGACCACUCUUGCUCAGAAAGAUUUUAAUGAAAGUGAUGAUGAGAGAGAGAAAGAGACUACCAAAAAUAAAUCUUCACAUUACAAAGGUAGUACUCUAGUAGUAUGUCCUGCAUCUUUAUUGUCGCAAUGGGAAAAUGAAGUACGGAAUAGAUGCAAACGUGGUCUAUUGUCUGUUGAAGUGCAUCACGGCAGCAAUCGACAGAGCGCUCCUAAAAAGUUGGCGAGAAAUGAUCUAGUCAUCACGACAUAUAAUAUAUUAUCUCGAGAAUAUAAAACCAAUUCUACAUUAUAUAAGAUAAAUUGGAAAAGGGUUAUACUUGAUGAAGCGCAUGUAGUGAGAAAUCCCAAGAGUCAAGCAUCUGAAGCAGUUUGUGGACUUGUAGCGAACAAACGGUGGGCUCUUACUGGCACACCCAUACAAAAUAAGGAGUUAGAUUUAUAUUCCAUACUGAAGUUUCUUAAAUGCUCACCUUUUGAUGAUUUACGCGUUUGGAAGCGAUGGGUAGACAAUAAGAACGCUGCAGGUCAUCAAAGAUUAGCGACAGUAAUGAAAACGUUAAUGUUGCGCAGAACUAAACAAGAAUUGAUGUCAAACGGCGAGUUAGAAAAUUUACCUGAUAAGUCCAUUGAGGAAGUGAUAGUGCAACUCGAUCAACAAGAACAAUUGGUCUAUGAAAAAGUUUUAGCGUAUUCCCGUACUCUGUUUGCACAAUUUUUAGCUCAACGUGCAGAGAAAGAUCACAUGUUAGAUUUACACAGUGGCAAAUACAAUAAACCUUCUUAUUUCUCAAACCCAAACAAGGAGACUCAGUUCACAAAAGCACAAAAUAAAUUAUUGGCAUUGCAUGCCGACGUGAAGACACAUGAGAUUUUAGUGCUUUUAUUACGACUGCGUCAAGUAUGUUGUCAUCCGGCAUUAAUCCACGCAAUGCUGGAUCAGGAAGACCUGCAGCAAAGCGGCAUAAUGGAUAUAGAAAACGUGGACAUGGAUUUAUUAUCCCGAGUGCAUAAUAUAUCACUCAAUGGAAUCGAUAAUAAAGAAGAGGAAAACACUGGUGUUGAUAGAAGAAUAAUGGAAAAUCUACUCACCAUCGACAAUCCAGUGUUUGAUGAUGAUCGUAUUAGUUCUAAGAUGAAGGUGCUACUUAACAUGGUUAAAGACAUUUUACAAAGAGAUAACGAUAAAAUUAUUAUUGUUUCGCAAUGGACAAUGUUGCUGGAAGUCAUAGCAUCACAUUUACCCUCGAUAAAAGGUGCUACAUUUAACAAGUUCACAGGAAAAGUCCCUAUUAAAGAUCGACAGGGUAUAAUGGAAUCUUUUAACAAUCUAAAUUCUGGUCCGAGAAUUUUGUUACUGUCACUUACUGCUGGUGGAGUGGGAUUAAACUUGGUAGGCGGCAAUCAUUUAUUGUUAUUUGACAUUCAUUGGAAUCCACAAUUAGAAACACAAGCGCAAGAUAGAAUUUAUCGUUUUGGUCAAACAAAGAAUGUUUACAUUUACAAAUUUAUUUGUGUUAAUACGAUAGAAGAGCGUAUUAAAAUGUUACAAGAGCGAAAACUGCAGAUAGCAAACAAUGUACUUAGUGGCGGUACAAGUAACGCAAUCGGAAAACUUACGCUAAACGAUCUUAAAUCUUUGUUCGGCUUUUAA